UUAAGAUCGGCAUCUUCCUUCCCAUUCUUGUACGUUGAAGAACCUAUCCACCAAUCUUGAGCUUCUUUGUAGCUUUAAAUCUGUUACAACCGAGUUUUUUUUAUUCCAGGGCUCAACAACAUAGUCAUGGACUCCCAAUUAGCUCCAUCAAAUCCGCCUCUCAUAGAUUUUAGCAGUGAAAACUUGAAACCUGGGACCAGCAUUUGGAUCUCCACAAGCAAGCAAGUGAAGUGUGCACUUGAGAAUCAUGGGAUUUUUCUUGUAACUCAUGACAAAAUUUCUUCAGAAGUCAAGAAUGGUUUUUACCAAGCAGUAAAGGAGUUCUAUGGUCUCCCCAUGGAGAAAAAAUGUCAGUUCACUUCAGAUAAACCUUAUUCGGGUUAUUUGGGGAAAGCUGCUGAUGAAUUUCCCUCGUUUGAAACUACUUCUAUUGAAGAUCCAACUAGUGAGGAAGCCUUUGAUGGCUUCAUUAAUCUCUUUUGCUCCUCCGGAAGGAAGGAUUAUGUCAGUGAAAUCAUGCAAUCCUACUCAAAGCAAGUGGCAGAACUGCAUGAGGUGAUAAUCAGAAUGGUAUUUGAAAGCUAUGGGGUUGAGAAAUACUAUGAAUCUUUCAGAGAAUCAAUAGCUUAUGUGUGUAGAGUCAACAAGUACAGAGCAGCAACCAAGUUCACAGAGAAAUAUGUAGGUUUGGUUGCCCAUACAGACUUGAGUUUCAUGACCAUACUUCAUCAAAAUCAAGUCAAUGGUUUGGAGGUCAGGUCCAAUGAUGGAAGUUGGAUUCCGGUUGAUUUUCCUCCCUCGUCCUUCGCUGUUGUUGCUGGUGAUGCAUUGAUGGCAUGGAGCAAUGGCAGGAUACAUUCCAUUCUUCAUCGAGUCAUGAUGGCAUCAGAAGAGCCAAGAUACUCGAUUUUGUUGUUCGCCUACAAGAAAGGGAUGGUGGAAGCACCAGAAGAGCUAGUCGAUGAGCAACAUCCUUUACUGUUUAAGCCAUUUGAUAAUCUUGAUUUGGUUUCUUUGGCCUAUGCAGAAAGGGUGAUCGUAACUGAAGAUAAGCUCAAAGUCCUUUUGGCACUUAAGGACGCCAUUUGUCCCUCUUGAAGUGCUGCUGCUGGCUGCAUUACCUAAUUUACAUGAUACACAUUGGUGUUCAAGAACUACAUAUAUAUUAUAAAGGAUACAUGUUUCUGAUUUCCAAUUCUUAAUUAUGCUUCAGAGUGCUUAAUGAA